AUGGAAAAGCCCAAGGAGGGCGGUUCGGCGCUGGUAGAUUUGGGAAAAGAGCUGACUUGCUCUAUAUGCACCGAGAUUCUCUACCAGCCGCUGACCUUGCUCGACUGCCUACAUACAUUUUGCGGAUCGUGUUUGAAAAGCUGGUUCUCAUGGCAGGCAUCGAAUCCAACGGAUGGCAACAGACCGCGGUUUACAUGUCCAUCAUGUCGGGCAUCUGUUCGAGAUACAAGACACGAUGCGAAAGUGGCCACCUUGCUCGAUCUCUUCCUCCAGUCAAACCCGGAUCAAGUAAAGUCGGCUGAGGAGAAGGAGGAGAUCGCAUCGGAGUACAAACAUGGGGAUUCCGUGCUGCCUGAAGUUGGGCAGGUAGUGCGGUCUGCAAGUGACGAUGAGGACGAGAGGCUCCUAGCCGAGGUCAGAGAUAUGAGUCUGCGGGAUGUUCAGGGAGCCAGCGGUGGUGGGAGCGGCAGCAGCGGACGUCGUCAUCGUAGUCCGUUGGCACCGCGCUCAAGAGGAAGAUCGGAGCGCAGUCCUGGUGCACAGGCGAGGGAGCAGCGGGUGGAAGAUGCUAGGCGGAGACGGCGGGCGGAAAGGCGAAUGAAUGCCUCACCUGCCAUGCGCAACCCUCGAGACAUAAGCCCGGAUUCGAGAAGGGUUGAGCAUCAGUCCAGCUUACGGUCGCUUAUUGGGUCAACGGGCGAGUCGGCCAUCGAGGAUGAGAUCCUACGCCAAAUCGCAGAGGAAGGGCUGCUGGAUGGCAUCGACUUACACAGUCUGACACCUACGCAGGAAGACGAGUUGACGGAACGUAUUGCGCAGGCCUUCAAGCGGCGGCACCGAGUCCCUUCUCCCACCCACAUCUCAAGGCGAAGAGAGAGCGAGUCGCCAGCUCAGCCACGACCAGUAUCACAGGAUAGACAGCAGCAGCAGCCCCGGCAACAAGAGCGGUCUCCCAGUGCUUCAGCCUCUACGCCUCGGGCUCGAGAGCCUACCAGACGGGCUCCACCGACCUCUCGACCUCGUCUUCUAGAGCCUCUCACCGCUCAUCAUGCUGCAAACCACCGUCGAAGUGCCUCUGAUCAAGGGAUGGGCACUCGGAGACGGCGCACAUCGCCAACUCCGCCCACAGGCUUCUCCCUCUCUUCCGAGGCACUGGCCCAACCCGCGGCCCGCACAGCUAGCGGUGGCUCUACUGCAGGUUCCGGCGCCGGCACUGCUGCGGGAAGUGGCCCUGGGGCUCCUUCGACUGGGCCGUCCCGCAGACGAGCCUCAAAUAGCUCCCUUCCGCCGACAUCACUACGGAACCAGCCAAUUCCACCACUUCAGGUCAACCGUUCAAGGCGUCCUUCGUCUCCUGGAGAGAGGCAGCGCCGGCGGAGCCCUGCUGCUAUCAAUCCAAACGGAGGAAACACCGCUGUUGAGCCUCCUCCUGCUGCUGCUGCUGCUACUGCACCGUCUGUCGUCAGUGAAAUUACUGGGCUCCAUACUUCGAACAGGCGUCAGGCUUCACAGUCACAGUCACAACCAUCUACUCCAGCCACCGCUACUGCUGCUGUCAACACACCAGUAACCGCCUCUCCGCCACCGGGACCAAUUAGACGAGUCUCAAAUCCUGUUAUUCUACCGUCUACUGUGGCUCCUGCUCAGAUGCCCCCCGAGCCUUCAAUAUCAUGUGAACGGUGCGGGAAGAACAACAUACAGUAUGAAUUGCACAAAGUUUGCAAACUUUGCAAGUCCGGCAAUUAUUGUCUCUGUGCUCGUUGCUAUCGUCUCGGCCGCGGAUGUCUGCAUUGGUUUGGAUUUGGUCACGCAGCGCAAUACUUCUUUGAGAAGAAGAUGGCAUCUUUGAACAAGCCGUUGAACGAACAAGAACCGCCUCACAAGCUUACCUGGCGUAGGUACUUACGGCCACCAGAGGAACGAGUAGAACAAUCGUCGUCAUCUUCCCAGAGUCCACGGUCUGCUCAUGUGCCGCUUUCUAGACGAGUACAAAUGGGCAUGUUCUGUGAUAUGUGCGAGCGGUUUACUGAUGAAUGUUUCUGGAAAUGCAGAGAGUGCAAUGACGGUGAAUGGGGAUUCUGUAACAAGUGCGUUAACCAGGACAAAUGCUGCACGCAUCCUCUGUUGCCGAUAUCCCGUGUCAAGGUGAAGCCAAAGACAGAUGCACAAACAUCUCCACGAACCACAACCUCGCUUCCUUCUUCAACGGAAGCCGCCGAAUACAGACCCCUCACAUUCUCUACACAAUGCAAUGUCUGUACAUACCCCAUCCCUCCUUCAACGACACGAUUCCAUUGCAUCCAGUGUAACGAGGGUGACUACGAUAUGUGCACGAACUGCUAUCUGAAAUUAGGCGCAUCAGGCAAAAUCAGCAAGGAAAACGGCCGAAAUGGCUGGAGGCGGUGCCUACAGGGCCAUCGCAUGAUAAUUGUUGGCUUUGAGGACCACCGAGUAGGACAGAUGAGAGUCGUCGUCCAGGGCCUUGUGGGCGGACACGCAUGGAAGGACGAACACAUCCCAACCCCCUCUUCCGGCGCCAGGAGAGAUACCAGCAAUAACAGCAACACUCCCACCAGUCCCGUCUCCGAAACCAACGGAACACCAGGCCGAUUUGCCCUCCAACGACAAAACUCCGGCCGCUGGACAUGGACCGAACCCACAGACUCAAGUGACAGCAACUUCAGGCAACGACGCAGACUUAACCGAGCCAGACAACAUCUCUCUUCUGGUCCCGAGAGUCCGUCGGACAGCUCCUCUUCGUCCCCCUUCCCGCUUAGCACCACCCGCUUCCCUCCAUCAGGUGGCAUCGGCCUACGCCUUAUCGCCAAAUGGUCACAUCACCCUGAACCCGACAACAAUGACGAGAUAAUGUUUCCUCGGGGCGCGGAGAUCACGGAAGCUGAAAACAUCAACGACGAUUGGCUUUGGGGAUGCUAUGCUGGUCAGAAAGGGUUUUUGCCCGGCGGAUACGUCCUUCUCAUUGACGAGAUAAACGAUAUGAAAUGUUUUCUCGAUAUAUUUUUUUUUUUUCUUGUUGAUAUCUUUCUUACUUCUUUUCUUCCUUUCUAUCUGUCCCCUUCUAGCUGGACGGAUGCACGAGUCAUGAUGAAUAAGACGAUGGAUGGAUACACAUACAGGGAUAACAUUUAUACAAAAGGGUAUAUACUACAGCUAGAUAUAAUGAUCAUGAGUUAA